AUGACGUCAAAUCAUCUGGCGUCGUCGUUUACGUCCUCUUUCGAAAUUGGUGUCGUUGCAAAAGGAAGAAAUCAUCGUCGUCGUUAUUAUUAUUGUCUUAAAAGCGAGCCGAUGAUGCGUCGGCAGAAAAGAAGAUAUGGAGACGAGGACAUCGUCCUCGACGAGAGAAGAAGUAGUUUAAGUAGGAGAAGAAGAAGAAGAAACCAAAUUCGAGCAUCCGCGUCGUCGUCCACGACGCAUUCGGAAUACAUCGAGAACGCCGCCUCCAUCGCGCGAACGAAAAACACGGAAACGAACAUCCAAUCUUUGCUGCGAGUGUUACAAGCGAAAGAAGGUUUGGAAAUCGUGGAACCGAACCAGAGGAGAAACGUGCACCCGCUGGUGGUUCCGGUCGCGAAAGAGUUGGCGACAUCGACGACGAUUGGGAUUUACAUUCCACACGACGACGUGGAUUCGUUAAGCAUCGUUCGCGUGUCCUCGUGCGGGAAGUUUUUGACGCUUUUAGCGAGAAAUCCAAAGGAGUUUAUCCACCGCGAGAUUGUCGUCGAGGAAGCGGCGACGGACGGCGCGGAGAGAGCGCUGUUUGACGCCAGCGGAGAAGUCGGGAAGAACGCGUACGAGUUAAACGACUAUUCAGAAAAGAAGGGAAAGUUGACCUUGGACCAAUAUUUGACGAUGAAAGUUGGGAGGUUUCCGAGCUCUUUGAGAGGUUUAGUCGAGCGGCAUUUGGAGAGGAAAGACGAAGAGUCCGCGUUGGUCGCGUGCGACGUGUUUAAGAAUCAGUUUCAAAAUUGGGGCGAAGUGUACGCGUUUAUUUCAGACGUGUACGCGUCGUUGAAUCGAAUGGAAGAGGCGAGAGAUUUCGCGCGAUCGGGCGUGCAGUGUCCUUGGUCGACGUUUGAAACCCGAGAAUCGCUCGAUCGGAUGAUUGAAAGAGCCGGUUGGGGCGAGACGAGCUCGGUGGCUGAGAUUAGAAAGAUUUUAGACACGAGGAAAGGACCGGGUAGAGAUCAAUUCGUGGACGAGAGUAAAGAAAAAGUGAAAGCUGAGGAAGACGCGGAAGAUUGCUUGAACGCGAUGGCGAACGGGGAGAAGGCGAUUGUAGAUACGGUCAUUCAACUGGCUGAAUGUUACUCGAGAGCGGGGAAGGAGAAACACGCAAAGUUUGUCAUGUGUGCGAGCUCGCCGUUUUGA